GAGUUUUGUUUUGGUCUCCUGCCGCAGCGCCGCAGCAGCGCCGUCCUCUAGUCUGUGUGUUCCACUGUUUCGGUGCUUGGCUUCUGCUAGCGUGAACGCGAGUGAAGGCGAGUCGCGAGGACGAGGAGCAGAGCGGUGUGGUCGCGUUGGCCUCUUGGCCUGGCUCAGCGGCUCAGCCCUUCAAAAUGCGUGUGUUGUGCAUCGCCGUGCUGUUGACGGCGCUCGUCUUGGCCGCGGCCGCCAAGCAGAGGGUCCGAAAGUUCGACGGGGACUUCGAGUUCGCGGAGGAGGAUGACAGCUCCAAGGGCGGCGAGAAGAAGCGCUGGAUCCUGGACCCAGACAGUCCGCUGUGCCGGCCCCUGCGGUGCAAGCAGUACAAGGAGCUGUGCCUGCUGGAGGACCUGACCACGGCCGUGUGCGUGGGCAAGAAGGAGCUCCGGCGGAACGGGGACGUGGUGAUUCCGCGGUCCCGACUGCCGUCCUCCACGGCGUCCCCGUCGGGCUCCUCCGAGGACGAGUUCUACGACAGCGAGGACGACGAGGAGGAGGAUGACACGAGCGAGUCCAUCACGAACUGCUCGCCCUGCCCCGUGGUGCGGCCCACCUUCCUGUGCGGCGCCGACAACCGCACCUACUCGUCGCUGUGCCGCCUGGACUACCACAACUGCAUCCACGGCACCGCCGUGGGCGUGGCCUGCAAGGGAUUCUGCCCCUGCAAAGAGAAAGAGCUGGUCCAGCGCAAGAAGGAGCGGCAGCAGGAGCGCUACUCGCAGUUCGUCAGCAAGUACCGCGCCACCGUCGAGAAGCAGCAGCUGCAGACGCCGCAGCCCCUGCAGCAGCAGACAGCCCAGGACGUGACGGCGCCCACCAAGAAGGCCAACAAGAAGGCCGUCAAGCUGGACAGCAAGUACACCUUCACGCCCGAGGACUUCAAGUACGACAACAAGCACUACAAGUACAUCAAGUACACCAAGUACAACAAGGGCGGCGAGGAGAAGGACAAGCAGCGCGUCUUCAACGAGGUCCUGGAGGGCAAGCCCCAGUCCGGCGACCGGCCCGUGUCCGCCGCGCCCCCGCAGGCCAGCGCCGAGUGCGGGGCCUCGCAGCUGCAGAGCAUGGGCGACCGCAUGCUGGACUGGUUCUCCGUGGUGAUGGCCGACGCCGCCUCCCGCGGCCGCCCCCGGCAGCGGUCCAACUCCAAGGCCAACUUCCCCGGCAGCUGCCAGGCCGAAGUCCGCUGGAUGUUCGGCCACCUGGACCGCGACGCCGACUCCCGCCUGUCCCUCCACGAGCUGUACGGCCUCGAGCACGACCAGAGCGAGAAGUGCAUGAAGCCCUUCCUGGACUCCUGCGACACUGACCUCGACGUGUUCGUGGGCCCCGACGAGUGGUGCCGCUGCUUCGAGAAGACGGAGCGGCCGUGCGAGGCCGUCAAGCGCGGCAUGUCCCCCAAGGCCCUGCGAGAGGUGUACGUCCCCGACUGCGACCUGGACGGCUUCUUCCGCGCGGUGCAGUGCGGCCCCACCGGCAACGUGUGCUGGUGCGUGGACAAGCACGGCGUGGCGGUGCCCGGGACGCGCGUCUUCGGCAAGCCGUCGUGCAACGAGCUCCUCAACAAGACCAACAAGGACCAGCGCCAGGGCCAGGAGAGCAACCAGCUCCACGACAGCAGCGACGACGACGAGGACGACGAUGACGACGACGACGUGGAGGGCAGCGCGGACCAGCCGCUCGACUUCUAGGCGCAGCGCGCAGCGGGAUGACCACCAGGGCCGUGAGCAACAACAGGCGCCCCUGUACGCCAGUGCACUGUAUCCGGUGUGGAGCUGGGAAAGUGGUUCCGGUUCCGAAGCAACCGUCCGAGCGUCGUGACAAGAACUACCCCGCCACGCCCGGCCCCGCCCAGCCCUGCCCGGCCCCACCCAACAGCCGCCAGCCAUGGGAGAUGCAGGCAAACUUCGGUCUGACCAGGGCACGGCGAGGCCGUGGCGAGGCCGAGGCCGCGGCGUGGAAGUCCGGACCGGAUCGGACCCAAGUUACGGCCAAGCGACUGUAGACUGUAGCCGCGGGGGGCGGCCCAGUCCGUCGGUCGGCCGCCGGCCGCCCCUCCUUAUUAUUUUAACAGUACGUGUUAUGAGCUUCUGUUACGCACUGGGAAGCCGGGCUACCAUAGCAGCAAUGUGUUUUCAUGACCCCUUUUCAUAUUACGUAUUUCCUCCGACUAGAGUUUUCAUUUUACAAAUCCCCCGAGUGGGAGCAUCAAAACACAUGAGGAAAUCAAUAAACCCAUUCUGCUCAUCUAGCGAUCUAAGCCUUUGUAUCUAUUUCUACCACGCAGUGUAACUAUUAGCUGAAACGUAAUGUGUUUGAUCUUAGAGUAAUUGUAGGCUGUGUCCAUGUGUCCACAGCCUUUUAUGUUGUUAGAUGUGAGAAUUGAGUCCAUGUAAUGUCUAUGUUUGUUUUUUCUUGUUGAAAUACUUUGUAGGUUGAUGAAAUAUCGCAGCAAGGUUUGGAAAAGAGAUCUCCAAAUCUGCAAGACCACUAAGGUCACUUGUACUUAAGAGUGUACCUCCAAGGUACUACAAGAAUAAAAAGUGUUCAACUUAUUCUGUAUGUGUUUGUGAGUUAUUGAAGAAUGAGCGGAAGUGAAUGAUAUAAUUUGGUAGGAUACUUGCUACAUUCCGUAUUUACAAUCUGUGUGAAAAUUUUGUUUUGUCUUCAUUUGCUUGCAGCUUGGUGGGCUGGAUUGCCAUUUCCUUGUACUUACGUACCUUUAGUGUCCUAUUUACCUACCUAACAAUUUGCCAGCCUGCUCUUGUCUCACUUUAUUGUAUGUCAUCUGUAAUAUUUUUGUAUUUCAAUUUCAUUCCCUUGUGCUUUGGACAGUUUUAUCAAAUUAGGACACUGUUAUUUUUUAAAUGUUCUGUAUAAUAUGUUUAUUAAUAUUUGUUGUGUGAUUUAGAUGUUUUAAUACUCUUAUUUUGUUAAUUUCUUUCAUCAUUCUUAUUGUAAAAUGUCAUAGGCACCAACAUUCAUAGAAAGAUGUUUGUGAUUAUGAUAUGUAUUUAUCUGUCCAUUUCUCCUAAAACUGCCCUGGGAGUCCAUGUGGGUGCCGUAGUUAUCUUGUAUAUUUGACAGUUUCUUAUGUAUUAUAGUGGGUGUCUGUCAUAGUCGGCUUUUUAAAAAGAACGACACCCCACAUGCUAGUAGUUAUGAAAAAGGUUCUUUAAAGCCUUUGAAGCCCAUGUAGAACAUAGGCACAUCUCUGUCCACAUUAUUAUAACAUUCUCUUAUCUGGCAAUCCAUUUCACCUUUCUUUUAUGUUUUGUUUUUAGAUAAAACUUUUUUUAAAAAAAGACAGGAAUGUUAGGCAUAGCCACAUAUUUAUUACAAGAGAAUGCAAAAGCAGAAAAAAAAGACUCCAGGCAAGCCAUACGAAAUCUCAAUAUUAAUAAUUAACAAGCACAAAUUUAUAGUGUACUUUGUUUAAUCAGUGCCAUUGUAUGUGAUGUAAAAAAAAAAUGGGGAAUGCAAUUUUCAUUGUUGCUAAAAUUAAAUGUAUUUAUGGCAAACGCCAGACGAGAAACUGAAUUAUAUAAAAUGAAUGUCACAAGA